AUGGCAAGCUGGUCCCUCUCAUACUUCAAGGCGCAGAGGAUCCUAAAUUUCUACCCUUCACACCGAGGUGGACCCCGUCUGGGUAAACCAAUUUCGCAGGUCACGCCUCCCGUCCGUGUCUGUAACUGGAUCGGAAAAUCUCUAUUCAAACCCGGAAGCCGCGAGUUUGUCGCGGAUACAGAUUCGUUCUUCAUUGCUGCUCUCAAGCUCAUCAUCUCUUGGCCACUUUUAUGCUUAUUACUAUCUUACUUACAUGUGAUGCUCCAGGUGUGCUGGUCUGAGAACUAUGGGGUGAUUUCGAACAUGACGAAGCAGCAUAAGCUGCGUCUUCUUCCACCAAACUUGGACACUGGACGAUGCAAUCAACCCACAGACCAGAAUGGUAUCCGUACCCACGAGACGAGUUUCCAACGUACCACAGAACAUACUGCGACGAACAGCACUAGCCAGCGACCUCAGGAUAAUGCCAGACUUGACCAGGGCGGAAGCAGCUCGGGGACGUCUCCACCAGAUGGCGAACUUGGAGAUGACACCGCACUGUUGCGCCCAAGCUAUCUCUGUUUCCUCAAACAGUCCCCCGAUGGCACUGAUGACUAUGAGACUGUCAACGUGUCGGAUUAUCUUAGAAAGAAUGGAGACGGCGUAGACGUUGAAUAUGUCUUCGUUUCGUACACGCGUGUGCACUUUAGGGUCUCAACUGAUGAGGAGAUAGCCAAAUAUGACUACCCAGAACCCAGAGAGAAAACUAGAGAGGCCAACAGACAAGUUGCGAAAAGAUAUCGAGUCGCUCUCAUCAAGGUGGGCACUGAUGCUGCUAGGAAGGUCGGCAAACAAGCCUUCAGGCUAGACUUUGAGUGCGUUCGUGACAACGUCGUUGCGAAAUCUACCAGCAGUAGCGAGGAUGUUUACAAAAUAUACGAUUACGUACGGGUGGCACACUCCAUGAUCAUUGCCAUCGGGCCUACGGCUAACGACAAGGUCAAGGCUCUCAUGAACGGUGAGGACCUUGAUUCUUUGCCGUACAAUCCAGAUAUGGUGACCCCUUGGCUACGGCAAUCGGGCUCCCGACUUUGGACUUUACCGGAACUGCUGCUAUGCCCUGGAGAGUAUCGAAUUCGGCUGUACGUCGUUGGUGAUUCCUCCGAACCCCAAGCGAUCGCAAAGCGGAACUUUGCCGAAAGGGCAUGGACAGAUGCCUGGGCAGUCAAACAGCUCGUUGACCACUUCGAAGGAUCGGCCAUUCUCACCUCGUCUGCACUGAUCGAAACAGCCAUGACUUGCUUUUCCACAAGACAAAUCGAUCAGUUCAGCCAAGGAGAUAUAGCUUACGCUACAAGGGGCCUUUUCCCGAGUCGCCAGAGACCAGACGUAGACAAACGCGAUACCGGGUUACAAGCUUUUGGUAAACUAGCUCUCGAAAAUGAUAGCGCGACCUUUCUCAGCCGUCUCAUCUGCCUGUCAAUCCCCCAAGGAUCACCUUGGUGUCGACUAGAAGACAGAUGGGGGGUGGAACUAAGGGACAUACGUCCUAUUGGCAAUCUACGAGACGUCCUGGAACCCGAGGCCGUCUCUUUGGAGGGCGUUUUUGGAACGACGAUCCACUGGGACAACAUGGACGCCGAACCUUACUUCGGCCAAGGCAUAGGAAGAUUCGAAAAGGUCAUUUAUCACGGGCCUUACAUUACCACCUCCAUCCUGCUUUACUUCUUCGUCAUCUUGCUUUUCCAAGAGUCCAAACUAUUUCUGAUCUACCCUGCACUUAUCGGCCUGUUUGCUCUGCUCCUUCCCCUGGGGAUCAUCAACUCACGACGCCAUCUUAGACGACCUACGAUUCCCCGACUCAUUGGAAUCGAAGGCGAAGUUCAUGUUGAAAAGAUUGAGAAAUACCUCUGGGGUUUCAAUUACGGAAACUUGAAGCGCGACACCACUGGAAGCUACACCGACUCACCAGCAAACAACCCUAGGGUUACGAACUCGUUGACUGCGCCACAAGUUACCACUUUCACUCUCGUGGAUACGUAUGCAAUGAGUGUCACACAUCUUGAAUGCAGUACGCCUCCAGUUGCGAUGUUUGUCUGUGGGGAAGAGAACGGCAUGCACAGAGCCAUCAUCCUAUGCUCAUACGACUGGAGAACACGAAGUUAUCACCGUCAAUUCGUCCUGAGGUCAAAACGUUGGAAAUUGGAGAAUAUGCGCUUGGUCGAUAGAGUUUGCGUGUCGCUUGCUCCUCAUACCAAUACCCAAAGAUCUGCGGAAGAUUUGCACUCGGGGCCAUCAAUCUCGCUGACAACACCAUCUCUUUCUGCAAACAGCAACCGUGUGGCAUCUAUAGAGCGACCGAGCAGGAUGCGAAGAGAGCUUCUUUUUUUUGGCGAUGUGCCUUUUUGGGUUGAACCCUUUUUAUCCCGAGAAAUCAUUUCGUCCAAACGACGACCAAAGCUUCCACUACACCAAGUCUUUCCGUACGUUGUCUUUGUUAAAGCGUAUCUAGCUUUUCCAGUGAGCCUCUAUGAACGGAAUUCAUACAUCUGGUCCAUAUUUGGCAUCCUUGAUGGGUGGGAGGUUUCGAUGCUUCUAUCACUUUUGCCCGAGUGGUUUUCGCCUCGUGAGCUGCCUCUGAGAUUCCUUCUUUGCCUGACUGUAGUCCCGAAACUACAGACUAUGAUCGGUUACUUUGGUGUCCCGCCCAUGAUGUACUUCAGCGGAAGUAUAGUUUUAAUGCAGUUUCUUCUCCAAUGGAUCCUGCUCUUCAAAGCUCAUUCGGGGUUGGUAGGUCGGCCCAGAGAAGUUUCCUGGCUUGAAACGUACCAAAAGGUCGUUCUUUUCCAUGAUGCAGACAUCAGGAAAUUCUUGAGUGAUACAAGAGGAUAUCUGCGGCAUCAUCGAAAGUCUUCCUUUUACUACGCCCGGACUCUCUUUCUCGUGUUUGCCUUCUCGUUUCUUAACUCAUUUAUACCGAUGCCGCUUGAGAAGCUGCCAUGGGACUUGUACCGCACUGUUUCUAUGGAUGCCUUACUUGCUAUCCUGACAGGACUGGCUAUAUUCUACAGACCUUCCUCUGCCUUACUUCUUUACAUCGCUGUCUCUAAAAGUACAGGUACUUUCUCGAUUCAGGUGGCUGCUUUGAUUUCAAUCUCCUACGCCGGCACCUCGAUGGGCACUGUACUUCUCAGCACCAUAACUGAAAAGUACAUGUACCUAUGGGAUUUCACUGUGAACGUAUAUCUCCCCCUAAUCGUAACUGAAACAGUCAUCUGGUUUCUGUAUUGGAAGUACAAGUGGGCUCAUGGCCAGACGGAAGAUUUGCAUGAAGAAUCGGCCCCUAGGGAUGUCGAAUCACAUGUCCCCCAGGAGGGUGAGCUUCUGACAACUUAA